AUGGCGUCCAUGGCCACCUACUUCGUCAAAACACCAUCCCCUUCUCCCUCUUUCCCCAAAACGUUCAAUACCCAUUUCUCCCCGGCCCUUAGGCUAUCAAUCCCUCUCAGUUCCAAGCCCAGGACCCGCCGAAGGCUCCGAAUUUCAAACGCGUUGAUUGAGCCCGAUGGCGGGAAGCUGGUCGAGCUCUUCGUCAAGGAGUCGAAGAAGGGCGAGAAGAAGAGGGAGGCGGCAUCCUUGCCCAGAGUCAAACUUUCAAGGAUCGACCUUCAAUGGGUUCAUGUGAUCAGCGAAGGCUGGUCCAGCCCUCUCCGUGGGUUCAUGAGAGAAUCGGAGUUCCUCCAAACGCUUCAUUUCAAUUCACUCCGACUCGAAGACGGGUCGGUAGUGAAUAUGUCAGUGCCGAUCGUUUUGGCCAUCGACGAUGCGCAGAAACGCCUGAUCGGCGAGUCGACCAGGGUCGCGCUGGUCGACUCGGACAAUAAUCUGAUCGCAAUUUUGAAAGAUAUUGAGAUCUAUAAGCACCAUAAAGAAGAACGAAUUGCCAGGACAUGGGGAACAACUGCCCCUGGUUUGCCUUAUGUUGAUCAAGCCAUAACCAAUGCUGGAAACUGGCUGAUUGGAGGUGACCUAGAGGUUAUAGAACCUAUCAAGUACCAUGAUGGCCUUGAUCGCUUCCGAUUGUCUCCUGCUGAACUCCGUGAAGAAUUCACAAGGCGCAAUGCUGAUGCUGUAUUUGCAUUUCAGCUGCGAAAUCCUGUUCACAACGGCCAUGCUUUGCUGAUGACUGACACCCGUCGUCGGCUUCUUGAGAUGGGAUACAAGAACCCCAUUCUCUUGCUUCAUCCAUUGGGAGGAUAUACAAAGGCAGAUGAUGUCCCACUUAGUUGGCGAAUGAAACAACAUGAGAAGGUUCUUGAGGAUGGUGUUCUUGAUCCUGAGACGACUGUGGUUUCCAUAUUUCCCUCUCCCAUGCACUAUGCUGGCCCAACCGAGGUGCAGUGGCAUGCAAAGGCUAGGAUUAAUGCAGGGGCUAACUUUUACAUUGUUGGUCGGGACCCUGCAGGGAUGGGUCAUCCAAUUGAGAAUAGGGAUCUGUAUGACGCUGACCAUGGGAAGAAAGUAUUGAGCAUGGCACCUGGACUGGAGCGUCUUAACAUCCUUCCCUUCAAGGUUGCUGCAUAUGAUAAAUCUCAAGGUAAAAUGGCAUUUUUUGAUCCCUCAAGGCAACAGGACUUCCUCUUCAUAUCGGGCACCAAGAUGCGAACACUUGCAAGGAACAAAGAGAACCCUCCUGAAGGAUUCAUGUGCCCUAAUGGCUGGAAGGUGCUCGUUGACUACUAUGACAGUUUGGUUCCUGCGGACAACGGUAAAGUCCCAGAAGCAGUUCCAGUUUAG